GCGCCGCCAGAACCUUGCGCGCUAGUCCAGAAAUGGCCGCUCCGCUGGGAGGUAUGUUCUCCGGGCAGCCUCCUGGACACCCUGGGGACUCCAGAGGCCAAGCUUCGCUUCUUCAGGCCGCGCCAGGCCCUCCAAGAACUUCUAACAGUACAUUGGUGGACGAAUUGGAGUCAUCUUUUGAGGCUUGCUUUGCUUCUCUUGUGAGUCAGGACUAUGUCAAUGGUACGGAUCAGGAAGAGAUUAGAACUGGUGUUGAUCAGUGUAUUCAGAAAUUUCUGGAUAUUGCGAGACAGACGGAAUGUUUUUUCCUACAAAAAAGAUUGCAGUUAUCUGUCCAGAAACCAGAGCAAGUUAUCAAAGAGGAUGUCUCAGAACUAAGGAAUGAAUUACAGCGGAAAGAUGCUCUGGUCCAGAAGCACUUGACAAAACUGAGGCAUUGGCAGCAGGUGCUGGAAGACAUCAAUGUGCAGCACAAAAAGCCAGCGGAAAUCCCUCAGGGCUCCUUGGCCUACCUCGAGCAGGCCUCUGCUAACAUCCCUGCACCAAUGAAGCAGACCUGAGUCAGCUGGUCUGGAGGUGAUCUGGUGUGUGCGUCUGCCUGAACUCGGUUUUGACAGAUAUCACUUCUUGUGGACGUGACAUUUUGGAAGAACUCUUUGCCAAAGAAUGAGAUGAUUUUUGUUGAUCUCACCUAAAAUUUUCCCCUUAUUUUUUAUGUGUUAUUUCUUGAGUACUUUAUAAAAUGCCUAUAUAUUUUUGGUAAAUCAAGUAAAUUUUCCUGUCUUUAACAAAGUUUAGACUGGUAGUGUGAUGCCACCUACAGAUUUCCUUUUGAUGUUUCUUUUUUCUGUUUGUGUUUUUUUGUUUAUGUAUGACUUAAUCUCUUUGUGUUUGCAGUUUUAGAUUAGCUUGUAUGAUUUGAUCUGAGAGGAUGAGGAUUUUGGGUUGUAGGCCUUUUAUGACAAUUAUCCCUCAGUGGUAAUGCAGAAAAAUAGGUAAAUUUGCAUGUUUCAAGACUUUAAAUUACCUCAAGAAGAGGAAUCUAAUACAGUGAUGUUUGUAAUGCAUCCAGAGCUCUUAGAAUGAGGAUAUUUUGGGGCGCCUGGGUGGCGCAGUCGUUAAGCAUCUGCCUUCGGCUCAGGGCGUGAUCCCCGCGUUCUGGGAUCGAGCCCCACAUCAGGCUUCUCCGCUGGGAGCCUGCUUCUUCCUCUCCCACUCCCCCUGCUUGUGUUCCCUCUCUCGCUGGCUGUCUCUCUCUCUGUCAAAUAAAUAAAUAAAAUCUUUACCAAAAAAAAAAAAGAAUGAGGAUAUUUUGUAAAUAGGUUGAAAGGAUUAUAAUAUCCUAAGUUAGUGUGGUAAUAAUAUAGUGGUACGUUGAUGUUGGCUUUUAUUUGGGCUAAGUUUAUAUUUUGUGUGGUGUUUUUUCACUUUUUGGAGUGGAGGUGUGUAGGAGCAGUGAUAGGCUCAAUUUUGUUAUGAUCCGCGGUGAUGAAUCAGUGUAAGGAAGGGCACAGACCUUGUUUUCCGCAUGACACUUGAGGUGUGCGUGCAGUGUGAGGAGUUAAAGCUUGCUGUGAUCGUCGCUUUUCAUUUUGAGUUUUGUCUGCUUGUGUCGUUUUUGUUUCUGGUUUUUUGUAGCAGAAUUUUCCACUAAGGAUGGUUCUUGCUAAUGAGUGACGUUGAUUCCAAGGGACUGGAGCCUCUGGGUGGGGAGUGGGCUGCAGGGUGACCCUCAGCGAACUCCCCGUCCUCAAAAGUCAUGGGAGCCUCAGUGUUUGGGAAGACAUUUGACUCUCGUUGGUUACACGGGCCAACAGAAUUCUCUGUUGAGCUGCCCUUGAGAAGCUCAGGGGGCAUUGCACGUGGUGCUCCCUAGGUGAGAUUUUCCUUCCUCUGCUGUUCACAGAGGGUUAGAUUACAUCUAACCCCAGACAAAUGCGCGAUGGUUUCCUGCGCAGGCAGUACUUCUGCAACCAGUGUCCUGGCGUGCUUUGUCUCCUUUAGCCUUGAGGGCUCCUCCCUCCGUAACACUGACACCCAUCAUUCAUGGUUGUUUGACCUGGAUGCCACCUGGCCCCCUGAAGCCUCUGUCCCCCCUCUCUGUUGCACCCCGAGGACACAGGACUUCCUCUGUCUUUGCCAGCCUUGCUUCAUUCUCCCUGGGGGGGUUAGUGAUUUUUUUGUUUUGUUUUAUUUUAAAGGAUUUUAUUUAUUUGAGAGAGAGUGAAAGCAGGAGAGAUCACAGAGCUCUGGAGAGGGAGAAGCAGACUCGCCACUGAGCAGGGAGCCCCAUGUGGGGCUUAAUCCCAUGACCCUGGGGUCAUGACCUGAGCCGAAAGCAGUCGCUUAACUGGCUGAGCCACCCAGGCGCCCCGCGGUUAGUGAUUUGUAUCUGUCUCUGUGCCCCUCAUGAGAAGUAGACAUUGUUCCCCUCUGAAUGUACAGUGACCACUUACUAUUUAUCUUGUAUGUGUAAUACUUACUACUCGUUGGUGUGCCUGUGUGUGGGGUACUGAGCCUGGGGCCAAGCCCUCAGUAUAGAUUAAACAGAGCUUUUAAAAGUUGUUUUUACUUACAUUGUAUGACUUCAAGGUGGUUAACUUGGCCACCUUAUACCAAGUAGAAGCUCUGGUUGGCAGCUUUAGAUUCCUCGAUUAAAAACCUAGAUAAACGAGUUACAUUUUAGGCAGUCUUUCAGUAAUAAAGAGGUUCUUACUGAAAAAAUUGGGAACUAUUCUACUUGGUGCUCAGUGAAAAAAUUUUGAAUUCAUGUAAGUACCAAUUAUUGCUAUUUCUUUAUUCAAGAAUUUUCUGUCAAAUAAAUAGCAGUGUUUCAAUCUUA